AUGAGCGAAUGCCUGAGAUCCUGUGAGGAAAAGUGCCUGGGCACACAACGGCGGCGUAGCUGCGGCGGGACUGAGCCGCCGGGGUCUCCCAGCCCACCUCCUCCUCCUCUUCAGGCACCUAGGGGGAGCGCCGGCUCGUCUCCAAGGCAACCGCGCCCGGGCCCCGCCUCCGGCCCCGCCCCCAGGCCCGCCCGGACCGGAAGCAGCUGCCGGCGGGGCGCGAAGCUGGUGCGCCCCAGACGCCGCCGGGUCGCCUUCCCCCGCCGUGAGGUGAGAAGCGGCGUCCGCGAGCGCGAAGAUCCUGACAGUGCUCUGGUUGUGAAGAUGGAGCAGGAAAAACAGACCUUUGAGCUGAACUCUAACCUCCGCUCAAGCCACUGCUAUAGCCCAGAAACGUUUCGCCAGAGGUUCAGGAGGUUUGGCUACCGGGAUUCUUCUGGGCCCCGUGAGGCCCUGAGUCGGCUCCGGGAGCUGUGUCAUGGGUGGCUGAGGCCAGAGGCGCACAGCAAGGAGCAGAUCCUGGAGCUGCUGGUGCUGGAACAGUUCUUGGCCAUCCUUCCGGAGGAGCUGCAGGCCUGGCUGCUGGAGCAGCGGCCAGAGGAUGCUGAGGAAGCCGUGAGUCUGCUGGAGGAGCUCGAACGGGAGCUGGAUGAACCGAGUUCACAGGUCAUUUUGGGACAAAAAGAGGACAUGCCUGCAGAGAAGCUAUCACCUUGCAACUUAACUCUGGAGCUACCAGGCAGCCAGCUCAAGCCUGAAAAGGAGCAGCUGGGAGCAUCCAAAGAGCUGCAGUCCUUAGGAGAAAAUGAUAAAGACAGAACCAUCAAUGAGAAAUCCCCUUUAAGACAAAAGGAUUCUUCAGGCAUAGAACUACAUUAUGUGUCUACCACCCUUCAUAAGAAUACUUCUCAGAAUUUCACAGAUAGAAGAAUCUGUGAACAAAAUGGCAGGUUUGAAAGAAGACAAGGAACCACUACUCGAAAAAAACAACACAAGUGUGAUGAAUGUGGUAAAAUCUUUAGUCAGAGCUCAGCCCUUAUCCUACAUCGGAGAAUCCACAGUGGAGAAAAGCCUUAUGCAUGUGAUGAGUGUGCAAAGGCUUUUAGCCGAAGUGCAAGCCUGAUUCAGCAUCGAAGAAUUCACACUGGGGAAAAACCUUACAAGUGUCAUGACUGCGGGAAAGCAUUUAGCCAAAGCUCAAAUCUUUUCAGACAUAGAAAAAGACAUAAUAGAGAAAAGGUCCCAUCAGUGCAGUGAGGUAAUGAUAGCAUUUACUCAGAGCUUCUUUGAC